AGUUUACCCUUCUCAAAAGUUGGAGUUAUAAAAUGCUAAUUUUUCCUUUCAAUCAAAGUAUAUAACUGGGAAAAAAACGUCGUAUGACAAAUUUUGUUACUUCGUCUUUUGGCAGAAGAGGAAACAACAUUCGCCAAGCUAAAAACCAAAGAAGCCCAAUAAAACAAAGCAAUUACUAUGAUCCCAUUCGUAGGCAAAAGAUUCAAUCUUUUUAGCUGACAAUUAUUUUCCCACCAUUUCUACUGACUAAAAGAAAGAAAAGAAGGUUUUUUUUUUUUUUUCUGUUCAAAGAAGUUUGGGUCUUGGGAAGCUAUGAGCAAAGAAGAAGAUGGUGGAUUAGACAACAGGGGAUGGUUAAGAUCGUCGUCAGGGGCGUAUAAAUGGCUGGCGAGCUUCCACCAUGAUCUGAUGGCGGGAGCGGUGAUGGGUAGCGUGGUGCACACGAUCGUGGCACCCAUUGAGAGGGCAAAGUUAUUGCUUCAAACCCAAGAGAGCAAUUUGGCUAUCGUAGCUGGUCGAAGAAGGAAAUUCAAAGGGAUGUUUGAUUGUAUCUUCCGGACGGUUAGAGAAGAAGGCACUCUUUCAUUAUGGAGAGGCAAUGGGAGUAGUGUUCUUAGAUAUUACCCUUCUGUUGCUCUUAAUUUCUCCCUCAAGGACCUGUACAGAAACAUAUUAAGAAAUGGCUGUUUUCAAGAUGGUCAUGUAUUUUCAGGAGCAUCUGCCAACUUUAUCGCCGGAGCCGCAGCUGGUUGCAUAACAUUGAUCAUAAUAUACCCUCUUGACAUUGCCCAUACACGUCUUGCUGCAGACAUUGGGAGAACUGAUGUUCGUCAGUUCCGAGGUAUUUACCAUUUCUUGAGUACUAUGUGUAAAAAGGAUGGAAUCUGGGGAAUUUACAGCGGUCUUCCCGCCUCUCUACAUGGGAUGAUUGUUCAUCGAGGUCUAUAUUUUGGAGGUUUUGAUACAAUGAAGGAAAUUUUGUCCGAGAAAUCCAGAAAUGAAUUGGCAUUAUGGAAACGGUGGGUGCUGGCCCAAGCUGUGACAACUUCUGCUGGAUUGUUGUCGUAUCCACUAGAUACAGUUAGGAGGCGGAUGAUGAUGCAAUCUGGCUUGGAAAAACCAAUGUACCAUAGCACACUGGACUGCUGGAGAACGAUUUAUAGGACAGAAGGGGUGACUUCAUUUUACCGUGGAGUGUGUAAUGUUUUUAGGAGCACCGGUGCUGCGGCCAUCUUGGUUCUAUACGACAAGGUCAAGAAGUUCAUGAAUUGGUGUGGAUCUUAGUCGGAAGCAAUUUUUUAUAGUUUUCUUUUAAACAAAAGGACUGUAGUAGAACCAGAUUCAGGGUUACAACAUAGAAAGCCUUGUAAAGUUCAACCGAAGCUGAUACACAUGAUUCCAUUUUAUGUUACUACAUGACAUUCAUUUACCAAACAUGGCAAUCCACACACACCUUGAUUUUCCUUAACAAAUAAAAAGAGCAAAAGUUGUUGCA